UAAUUAUGCAUAGCAAUAGCUUUAUUGUGUUGGAGUUAAAAUAGCUUUUUUGAGUAAGUAUUGAAACGCUUCAUAAAGAGAGUUGGUUGAAAAUGAUUCAGAGAGCCAGGCCCCGCGGCAGGCCGCUCGGCUUCCCGGCUCGGGAGUCUCUCCGGACGGACGGGCCAGAAGUCGUCCCCCUGCAAUGGAGCGCUGCAGCCCGCUCCCCGCCCGGCUGCCCCACGUCGCGCGGGGACGGUGGUGGCCGCCAGGCUCUGCUCGCGGGAGCGAAGGGGACCGAGCCGCCCGGCCUGUGCCCGCCCGUAGGUCCUCAAGAUGUCCUCGCCGGCCCCCACUGCGGAGGAAGAGGACACCACCGCCCAGCGCAUCCGAGAAGGAGCCCGACAUGCGCCCGAAAGCGGAGAGCGAGGAGGAGGAGGAGGAGGAAGAUGAGGACGAGGAGGAGGAUGAGGAGGAAGAGAAAAAGAGUCUCAUCGUGGAAGGCAAGAGGGAAAAGACAAAAGUAGAGAGGUUGACCAUGCAAGUCUCUUCCUUGCAGAGGGAGCCAUUUACCAUUGCACAGGGAAAGGGACAGAAACUUUGUGAAAUUGAAAGGAUACAUUUCUUUCUGAGUAAGAAGAAAACUGAUGAACUUAGAAAUCUUCGCAAACUACUUUACAAUAGACCAGGCACAGUGUCCUCAUUAAAGAAGAAUGUGGGUCAGUUCAGUGGCUUUCCGUUUGAGAAAGGAAGUACCCAGUAUAAAAAGAAGGAAGAAAUGUUGAAAAAGUUUAGAAGUGCCGUGUUGAAGAGCAUCUGCGAAGUGCUUGAUGUGGAGAGAUCGGGUGUGAACAGUGAGCUAGUGAAGAGGAUCUUCAACUUCCUAAUGCAUCCAAAGCCUUCUGGCGAACCACUACCAAAGGCUAAGAAGACUCCUAGCAAAGGCAGUAAAAAGGAACGCAACAGUUCUGGAACGGCAAGCAAAGCGAAACGAACCAAACACCCCGAGAUUCUGUCAGAUGAGUCGAGUAGUGAUGAAGAUGAAAAGAAAAGCAAGGAAGAGUCUUCAGAGGAUGAAGAUAAAGAAAGUGAAGAGGCGCCACCAAAAAAGACAUCGAAAAAAGAAAAACCUAAGCAGAAAGCUGCUGCUAAAAGUAAAAAAUCUGUAAAAAGUGCUAAUGUGAAGAAAGCAGAUAGCAGCACCACCAAGAAGAACCAGAACAGUUCCAAGAAAGAAAGCGAAUCUGAGGAUAGUUCGGAUGAAGAACCUCUAAUUAGAAAAUUGCAGAAACCACCUACAGAUGAAGAGCUAAAGGAAACAAUAAAGAAAUGGUUGGCCAACGCUGACUUGGAGGAAGUCACGAUGAAGCAAAUCUGUAAAGAGGUGUGUGAAAGUUACCCUGCUUAUGACUUAACCGAAAGAAAAGAUUUCAUAAAAACAACUGAUAAAGAACUAAUCUCUUGAGAUGUGAUAGAGGAAGAGGCAGCGGAUGUAUUCCCAUCCAUCUGAAGAUCUGAUUUGUACCAUUAUACCAGCAAAGAGAAUGUAACUCCUUUUCUAAAUCCUUGCUAAGUAUUGUUGGCACAACUAAACUGCUGACCUUUUACUGUCUUGAGUGUCACGUAAAAUUGAGUUUGCCGUUUUAAAUUGCAUUUCUAUGCAGGUUUUAGUUAAAAACUCGUGCAUGGCAGUAAUUGUUCCCUGCUUUUAUAGUUGUAUUUUGUAAAUUUUUGAUUUCUUUAUAUAAGGUCAUAGCUAGAUGUGGGUUUUAGUGCAGUUAACAUUAGCUUGCUUAAGACAUUCUUUUAACUAAAUAGAACUCUCACUGGCAUUUAUACAAAGACUGUUGCAGUAUUUAGUACAUGAAUUAUUUUGAAUUUUGAAUACACGUCUCUUCUGUCAGAGUGAGA